CAGUCGUUUUAAGACGGUGGAGAAAUAAACAAUUGGCGAGAUAUUUACGUAAAUUAUAAUAAUUAUUUGUUGUAUACCUUAAAUAAUUUAUAUGAGUAUAUGGAAAUUAAAAUAAUAAAUAUAUAAACAUAAUACAAAUAUUGUUAAACAUAAAAAACCUCAUUCCAAUUAGUACAAUGGAUUACACUCCAACUCCCACUGUAGUUCCCGCUGCCCCAUUCGAUGCCUCCGCAGAUGCACAGGCGUUACGAGCCGCCAUGAAAGGUUUCGGAACGGAUGAGGAGGAAAUCAUCAACUUACUCACUGCUCGUUCGAAUGCACAGAGACAACAAAUUAAGGCACGGUUUGAAACAGAAUUCGGGCGUGACUUAGUCGAUGACUUGAAGAGUGAAUUGGGUGGUAAAUUUGAAGACGUCAUUGUUGCUUUAAUGACGCCGCCCGUUGAGUAUUUAUGUAAGCAGCUGCAUGAGGCAAUGGCCGGCAUGGGUACAGAUGAGACAACACUUGUCGAAAUACUUUGCACAAAAACCAAUGAGGAAAUGCGGGAAAUUGUUGCAGCUUAUGAAGCAAAAUACGAUCGCCCCUUAGCGGAGCAAAUGUGUAGUGAAACGUCUGGCUUCUUUCGACGUCUGUUAACAUUGAUUGUGACAGGCGUGCGUGAUCCGGUGGGUACUGUGGAUCCAAAUAAAGCGCGCGAGGAUGCAGAAGCGCUUUAUGCGGCGGGUGAAGCAAAGCUCGGCACCGACGAAGGGGUAUUCAAUCGCAUUAUGUCGCACAGCAGCUUCGCGCAAUUAAGGCUCAUCUUUGACGAAUACAAAGAACUCUCCGGUCAGACUAUUGAACAAGCAAUUAAGCAUGAGAUGAGUGGAGCAUUACACGAUGCAAUGAUUGCAAUUGUUGAAUGUGUGCAAUCACCGGCCACCUUUUUCGCCAAUCGCCUUUUCCAAGCCAUGGAUGGUGCCGGCACAAAUGAUGCUACUCUCAUUCGCAUAAUUGUCAGUCGUUCUGAAAUUGAUUUGGGUACCAUUAAAGAUGAGUUCGAGCGCAUUUACAAUCGUACCUUGUACAGUGCCGUUAAGUCGGAGACAUCUGGGGACUACAAAAGAGCCUUGUGUGCGAUUCUGGGUGGAGUUUAAGUGGCGGUAACAUUUCUUUAAAUUCUUCGAGAAAAUAUUAUAGAAGUCAAAUAUAUGUAUUACAGACUCGUCAGGAUGAAUUCGUUGCGUCCGUUGCGACAAGGUGUUCGACUAAUACAUUUGUUGUGUAAAACUCAAAAUAAUGCCACAAUAAAAGUGCUCUUAUAUUAUAUAAAGAAAUCAGCUGUUCUGUUGUUGUUCUUGUGGCAGCUUAAACAUUCCCCAUACUUACAUACGGUGAAUGCUGCUGGAGUGACAGUCCUUGGCCGGAUAUAAAUCCGGGUCGUUUCGGUAACGUAGAACCGACUGUCGUGGAAACGGAACUGACUGUCGAGGGAAUCGCUGUUCUGUAUUGUAGGUUGCCUACAUUGUUUUUGUGCCAUACGUAUGGCAAAGUAGAGAAUUGACUUUGUCCAAUCCAAAAAGAUAUACAGCACGAACGUGGAACAUCCAUGGAGUCUCUAUAUAAAUACAGACAAUCAGAUCGGCUGUCGCAGCGGACACCACAGACUCAUUCUGGCGGUCCUAUUAAAGUAGAAAAACUGUAAACUUUAAAAUAUAAAAUAAUAAUGUUGUAGUUUUUAUUAAACUUCUUAUUAAAAAAAUCAACAAUA